GAACGAGCUUGGGGUCCAGGACCCAGUUGGCUUCUGGGACCCCGCAGGGUUCACGGCCGACGGUAGUGUGGAGAACUUCAAGCGCCGCCGCCAGACAGAGCUUAAGCAUGGAAGGAUCUCCAUGCUCGCCACAAUGGGAUACAUUACUCCGGAGAUCACGGGCAAGUUCCCAGGCUAUCUUAGCCCAUCAGCAGGCCUCAAGUUUGCGGAUGUCCCGAAUGGAUUGGCGGCGAUCUCCAAAGUUCCAGCAGCAGGCUGGGGUCAGAUCCUCGCUUACAUGGCGUUCUGCGAGGUCUCCCAGGACCAGUCGCCAGGCACCCCCGCCGCUGCGGGCGACUUCGGCUUCAAGGUCUUGACCUCCAGCGACCCUGCUGAGAAAACUAAGAAACUUUCGGCGGAGUUGGCCAACGGAAGGCUGGCGAUGAUGGCCAUCAUCGGCAUGUUCUUUCAGGCGGGGUUCACGGCCGACGGUAGUGUGGAGAACUUCAAGCGUCGCCGCCAGACAGAGCUUAAGCAUGGAAGGAUUUCCAUGCUCGCCACAAUGGGAUACAUUACUCCGGAGAUCACGGGCAAGUUCCCAGGCUAUCUUAGCCCAUCAGCAGGCCUCAAGUUCGCGGAUGUCCCGAAUGGACUGGCAGCGAUCUCCAAAGUUCCGGCCGCAGGCUGGGGUCAGAUCCUCGCUUACAUGGCGUUCUGUGAGGUCUCCCAGGACCAGUCGCCAGGCACCCCCGCCGCUGCGGGAGACUUCGGCUUCAAGGUGUUGACCUCCAGCGACCCUGCUGAGAAAACUAAGAAACUUUCGGCGGAGUUGGUCAACGGAAGGCUG